GGACGCGCGGGAAAUUCCAUGUCGCGCACGAACCGGUCAUGGCGGCGGCGACCUUUGAGAUGGCGUCGAGCACCUUUGCAAGAUGUCUUCCAUGGACACAAUGGAGCCCCCCAGGCAGUCCACUUUUAAGAGGAAUGCUCACAUCAACUACUUUCGCCGAUGCCUGAUGGCGCUUCCAACGGCUGCUGAAGGCCAUGAUUCGAAUCGUAUCACGAUAGCCUACUUUUGCUUGUCUGCACUGGACCUGUUAGGCGCUCUGCAGGACAAGACGAGUGAAGAGCAGAGAAAUGGGUGGAUCGACUGGAUAUGGACACUUCAGGCUCCACAUGGAGGUUUCAGAGGGUCAACGUAUAUGACUACACCAAACGCUUCAACUUCCCCCGCGCACCUCCCCUCGACAUACACUGCCUUACUAUCCCUCGCAAUCCUCCGUGCGCCUUUGGAUCGACUGGAUAGAGCCGGCCUGGUAGCUUUCGUGAGGUCCUGUCAAUCACCCAAUGGAUCCUUCUCGCCCACGGCGGACUCCUAUACCCUUGGUGGCUUCCAGUCCGAUGCUAGGAUGGCAUACUGUGCUUGUGCAGUGUCAAAUAUGAUCGGGGACAUGUCGGGGAUUGAUGUACCGCUGUUGAGGCAAUGGAUAGAGAGCUGCCGGACGUGGGAGGGAGGCUAUGGAUCUCGGCCCGGGGUGAUCGAAGCUCAAGGAGGAACCACGUACUGCUCCCUCACUUCUCUUUCCCUCCUGGAUCAGGACUCUUCUCAUUCAACCUUGUCUCUCUCGUCGCUGGAUCAGCGGUCCCAAAACGACUCAACGAGAUGGCUCGUUUCCCGGCAAAUCGGGGGCUUUCAAGGCCGUCCUGGAAAACUAGAAGAUGUCUGCUAUUCGUUCUGGUGUGGUGGUGCUCUAAAUGUCCUCGGUCAUGGCAACCUCAUCAGCCACGCCGAGAACCAGGAUUUCCUCCUAUCAUCCCAAUCACCAUUCGGCGGCUUUGGUAAAGAGCCCGAAGACUACCCCGACCCGUUUCAUUCCUAUCUCGCCCUCGCCGCUCUUUCUUUAUCGAGUCUCGAGUCGUCGGUCGAGCAAGCAAGCUUAGGGUUGCGGGAGCUAGAUGUCAAGUGGAAUUGCAGCCGCGAGACAGCCAGGUAUCUAUUAGAAGAGAUCAGACGGAUCAAAUCAUAGCAUGUAUAUGGACCUCCAUGUAUAACAUUACGGGACAUACCCCUGC